UCCGUGCCUACACCCAGCCGGAUCUGAUCUGCUGACGUGUCGGCUCCUCCAGCCCAGUGCUCAUGCUCCAGCAGCGGAAUCCAGCCAGUCCACAGAACUGCCAGCAUGGCAGCAAAACACUUCUACCGACAAGGCUUUUUAUUACUUUUAUUUAAUUUUAUUUCAACCGCAGCCUUGGAAAAAAGAUUCUCCGAUUUUAAAAGAUGCGCCGAUGAGGAGUGCAGCAUGCUUCUGUGUCGGGGAAAAGCAAUGAGAGAUUUCUCGGGGCCAGAUUGUCGGUUCCUGUCAGCCAAGAAAUCAGAAACUAUCUAUGUAUACUACAAAUUGUCAGGCAGAAGGGCCGACGUAUGGGCCGGAAGUGUUGGAAGUCACUUUGGCUAUUUCCCAAAGGACCUUCUUGCAGUUAACCACAUUUAUACUGACAAAGAACUUGAAGUUCCUGCAGAGGAAACAGAUUUCGUCUGUUUUGACACCGGAUAUGACAAGUUUGACAAUUACGACAUAGAUUUACUGUUAGGCUCUUCACUGGAGGAGGAUAAAAGUGGAAAUAAGGGAACAUCUGACCAAAUCCAAGUGGCAGAGGGCACGCAGAAAGAAACACAGCCAUCAGCAGACGAGGCAACUGACAGUGAAAAACAAACUGAGCAUCAUAAUAACUCUGAUGAUAGGUCUGAGGAAAGGAGUGAAACCAAAGAUGCACCCACAAAAUCUGAAGUGGAAUCUGUGGCCAAAGAUGAUUUUGUUUCAGAAAAUGAACCAGUCUCCAUUUCUGAAGGAGUGCAAAUCCCUGAGUUAAAAACUACCCUUGGAACAACUUUUGAUGCCGUCACCUCCGAUGAUGAAAUCACCAAGAAAGUUACCCCGUAUGAAGAGGAAGAAACCGACUAUGUGGAGAAUCCUCCCGAAGAUGACAUUGAUGGUAAAGAAGAAACUCCAUUGCUGUCUUUCUCCGAAGAAACUGUGAGCACUCCAGCAUCUGAUUCCCUCAAAAUUUCUGAAGGAGUGCAAAUCCCUGAGUUAAAAACUACCCUUGGAACAACUUUUGAUGCCGUCACCGCCGAUGACGAAAUCACCAAGAAAGUUACCCCGUAUGAAGAGGAAGAAACUGACUAUGUGGAGAAUCCUCCCGAAGAUGACAUUGAUGGUAAAGAAGAAACUCCAUUGCUGUCUUUCUCUGAAGAAACUGUGAGCACUCCAGCAUCUGAUUCCCUCAAAAUUUCUGAAGGAGUGCAAAUCCCUGAGUUAAAAACUACCCUUGGAACAACUUUUGAUGCCGUCACCUCCGAUGACGAAAUUACCAAGAAAGUUACCCCGUAUGAAGAGGAAGAAACUGACUAUGUGGAGAAUCCUCCUGAAGAUGACAUUGAUGGUAAAGAAGAAACUCCAUUGCUGUCUUUCUCUGAAGAAACUGUGAGCAUUCCAGCAUCUGAUUCCCUCAAAAAGCAUGAAAGUCCUCCAACAACACAUGAUGUUAAACCAGAGACUGCAGAGGAGAAGAACAUGUGGACAUCAAUUGGAGAUGCUGUUUUUUCAGUUGUCACUGGGGGAGAGAAAAUGUCACAAGACUUUAGUUCGGAGGAAGAUGACGAGGAUGAGGAAGAAGAAACGGCUUCAGAAGCCCCUCAGAGUUUUGAGGAAGCAAAAAAAGACGUCAAAGAACCGGUAUCAAUAGAAUUGGCAAAAGAGUCAGAGAACAUAGAGCCACUACAAACAGAUACUAAAGAAACAGACAGUGACUCUAUGAAACACUUGUUCGAUCAUGGUGAUGAUGAUGAUGGAGACAUGAUCGGACCUGAGCAACCUUGGGAGGAAACAUUAAAACCAACUGAUGAGCCGAUACACCAUCAAACAGAAGCAAGUACAAUAUUACUGGAUCCGGUAUCCCAAGAUGAUACUUCUGCCGUUCCUGAGGCUCAAAAAUCUGAUCUUAAAACAACAGUUGAACCCUUUGAGCACAAAGAGGAAGAGGAGGAAGUGUCCAAAGAUUCAGAGGUCAAUAACAGUAAUGCAGGUGUACAGGACAGUAGUGUUGCAAUGGAGCAUAAUGAGGAUUUAGACAAUGAAUUGGCUGAAAACAAAGUGGUGAGCGAUCAAGAAUUAGCCAGUACUGAAACUGAAACACAUCAGGACAAGUCCACUCAGGAGAUGCAGUCACAGAAUUCAGAUGUCAAAGAUGAUGAAAAGACAGUAGAUGACAGCCUACCUAAUCAGAUACAUGACCAUUUAAUGACAGAUUUAGAGAGUAAUAACAGUCAACCAGAAUUAUCUGUGGAGGAACCAGAGAUUCAUGAGGAACUUCUUACGGAGGUUUGGGAAGAUACAGAGAGAGAGGAGGAGAAAGAAGGAUUACUUGAAGAUGAAAAUGCACUUUCUUCCUCACAAUCAGACGACACAGACUCUGACAAACCAGCACCUGAAACAACCCUGCCCACUGCGUCGACUUCAGAGCCACAAUACAGCGAUAGCGUGUUGAGACUGACUCUGCUUCGAGACCACUUCACAGAGGAGAGCAUGGAGCGGAUCCAAAGGCUUCUGGGUCUCAAGAAUCUCUUUAAAGCGGAGGCCAUGUUCUCUGACUUGGACACAGAAUUGCAGGCUACCCGUCUCUCAUCCACAGGUACUAUGCAAGACAUUGAAAAUGCACUCGAGGGCAUCCUGGAAGCCUCUGAGAACACUAUCCUGGACGAGAUUGAGAAGAUGCUGGAUAGCCAGGGCACAAAACACAAUUAUGACCAACAUACAGACACAAGUAGUGUGGAUGAGGAGACUGAAAUACUGGAUGACUUCCAGGAGCUUGCAUUUAGUCUACGACAGAAGUAUUCAACAGCCAGUGACAGCACGCCUUUAGCAACAGAAAAAGCAUCAGAUUUUGACCAAGAUGAACAUGAAUUAAACAUAAAAGAUGACAUGCCUAUCAUUGUUGAAGAAGAAAAGGUUGAGGCUGGGAGUGAGGACAACCUCACAGUGACAGAUCAUGAGGAAAGACCAGCAGAGACUAAAGAAGAGCACAUAGUUUUGGAUGAGAUGCACAGUGGACCAGACGUCAGUGUGGAGGAGGAUGGCGGACACUUUAAUAAAAACGAAGGCAAUCAGCCGAGCUUCAGUGCAUCAGAUGAGAUGCAGAAGGUCCCUCAAGCCACCCUGGAAAAUCCCUUAGACAUGGGCCUUGCUGUCGAGCACUUGCCCUCAGGAUCUCUGGACUCCAUGGACCCAGUGUCUGAAAUUCACGAAGAAGAAGUGGGAUUAUUCUCAACUGGAACUGUUUACAUGGGCUGCAUCCUUUCGAUGAUCAAGAGUACAAUUGCAGAGUGGACCAUAGUGGUGAUUUCACUACUGCCUGAAGAGUGGAAGCCAGGGGAAACCUUGUUGGGCUGUCCUUGGCAAGCUGUUGUCAUCACUGCUUUGGUUGGAGUAGUGACCUUCACCCUCUUCUUCUGGAGGGUUGUGUUGGCAGUAAAGAAGAGAGAAUAUCUUGUGGAUGAAAAAAGGCUGACAGAGCAAAUUCUGGCACUCAAAAAAGAGAAGAAUGAUGCUCUUACCAAAAUGUCUGAACUCGAGAAACAGACUGAACAACUAAAAGAAAAUCAAAAACAGUCAAAGGAAACUGUUAGUUGUGCAGUGGAAAGGAUGCAAAACCUGGAGAGUAAGGUUUUGGAGGCAGAAACACAGAAUGAACAGAUGGCUGAGGAAAAGAACAAAUAUGCAAAACUACUCAAAGAUGAGAGGGCAAACUCUCUGCAAAAUGAAACCAGGAUUGAGAAAUUGGAGAAGUUAAACGAGAAGCUACAGCUCAGCAGGAAAAAGAUUCAGGAAGCUCUCGCUAAGACUACUAUUCUCCUGGACGAGUCCAAGAUUCGUGAAGAUGCCCGAAACGUUCAGCACAAAUGUCUUCAGAAAGAUUAUGCAGCACUAAAAGAAGAAAAUACAACACUCAAGGCUACUAUAAAGGGCUGGGAGGACAAACACAAGGAGCUGAAUGAGCAGAUUAAAGUCUAUCAAAAGUCUCAGAAAGAGCUGGAGGACUCUGUGGUGCUCAAAGAUCACAACGUGGAGGUGCUGUCUGAACUUCUGGCAGACCUAGACGCUUGUGAUUCUCAAAAAGGUGACUCCAAGGUUUUAGCCAAUGGCGAAGUAGCACCUGUGUCUUUUUCAGACAAGAAGACAGCCAUAAAGAACAGGAUCAAACAGAUGAUGGAUGUUUCUCGGGUCCAGACCACUCUCACUGUGGUCGAAGAAGAGCGUGAUCGCUUCAUGACCAAACUACUGAAUGAAGAAAAGACUAGAAAGUCUCUAGAAGAACAACAUCAGGAGCUGGAACAUGCAAUUGCAACCCUAAAAAGCGAUAAGAGCCAUGUUGAAAACCAGUUCAAGAUCCUCCAGCAGAAAAAUGAAAUCAUGGUUGAAAUGUACCAGCAGAAGGAAAACGCUUUGCAGCAGAGAUUAACGAAGGAAGAGUUGGAGCGACGCAGCAAAGAGAAUAUGCUGUCUGAGGUGGGAGGAAAGGCGCUCGAGGCCGAGGAGCAGGUUAAAGUCUUAAGGCAACGCAUUAAUGAAAUGGAGGAGCAGAUGAAGAAGACUGAGGAAGUCUAUAAAGAGCAGAUAAAAGAACAGGAAAACAAAACUCACUCAAACUGGGUAAAUGCUCGUAAUGCAGAGCGAGCUCUUAGUCAAGAGAAGCUUGAAUCAUCAAAGCUCCGUGAAAAGCUGGCUGUACUGACCUCCCAACUUAAUGAGCGCCGUGCUCCUCUCUUCAGACCGAACUCUGGACAACCUGCAGGCCCUCGCCAAGGUGAUUCAUAUGGGCCCUCUCCGGUGAGUGGGGGUGCACCAUCCCCUCCAAUAAUGAUAGAGGGUCCCAGGCGCCCUCCUUCUGCCCCAGUGGGCCGAAGAAUUGACCCGUAUGGUCCACGACCUCCAUCAGACCCACAUGGUCGUUACCCUGAAAACAAACACAUCUCUGGGAUGGACAUGAUGGGCCCCCGCAGCUCCUCACCUGCCAACAUGGACGGAUCUACACAAGCAGUAGAUCCACAGAUAAAAGCAGAGGCACAGGCUGAGGCCUCCACAGACAGUCCAGAGCCAGGCCCUGGAUCUUUUCUAGCAUCUCCGAUCAGGGACUCACCAGGCCCCAUGCUCCAAGCACCUCCACCCGGCCCUGGACCCCAUGACCAGAUCCCCCCUCCUGGCCCCCACAGUCGUCUGCCACCUCCUGGACCUUACAGACCUCCACGACCCAGCCUCUACCACCUCCCACCAGGUCCUCAUGGGCCUCCACUACCAGCCAAUGGACACCCAGGUAUGCCUCUGCCUGGACCAAUGGGAGGAGAUUUUGGACCUCGACCCGCCAACGGACAUGCAUUCCACUCCAGGCCAGGCCCUGGACAUGUCAUUGAUCCUCGGGGUCCACCACCGCCACACUUCCGUCCCCCUCCGCCUCAUCACUUUGGACCGAUGCCUCUGCCACCUGGUGUCCGUGGCCCUAUGGGACCACGUCCUCCCAUCCCUCCUGACAUGCGCUUCCCAGGACCACGUGACCACACCAGCCCACCAAUGAACCUGCCUCCAGGUGUCCUACCCCAUCCUGCACAUCCAGGUGAUGCAUAUAGUCAGGCUCCACCCAAUGCUCUCCAGAACUCAGCAGGAGCUCACACCGGCCCCGGACAGGACCUGCAUGUGAAGCAGGAGGCCCCUCAGGACUCAGUGAGGCCAGCGAUGGUCAAGCCUUAAAAAUGCCUACGGCAGAGGACUUGAACUUACCCCAGACCCAUCACAUUAACAACCCAGAUCCUGUCCAAACAUAGGUCAUGAUUAUUUUCUUAUUUCAGUUAUUAAAACUACAAUGAUGUUUAUUAAAAAAACAAAAAACAUGGUCCUUUAAAUUAAAGCAUCAUCAAUAAUUAUGUGUCUAAAAUUGAUGAGUUGAGAGGGUUGCUACUUUUCUAAACAGCUUAUUGUGCAAUAAUAAUUCCUUAUACGCCAGAGAAUUCUCAUUUGUGUUGAUCUUUUAAAAAAUAUAUAGCAGUGAUUUUUAAGGGGCAAAUUUUUUGAUGUCAUUUCCUGUGGAAAUUAUUUUAGAAAAAGGAGGGAGGUUUAGCUUCUAGCAUUUCAGGAAUACCUUCAUUUUCCCAAAGCUGUUGCUUCAGAACCGACUGUAAAGCAAAUGUGUAAUUUGAUGGCCAGAUGUAUAACUUAUUUUACUAUGUUGGUAGAACUUUUAAUAAUAAAGAAUGUAAAAGCUG